CUCCUCCCCCUGGUGGCGCCUCAACUGAUCAAAUGCUUCAACUUGAAUCGCUUCACAGAAUAUCACUUUUGUAUAACAGGGUAACUUACAAGGAGUCAGACAACGGCGUAUUUCAUAACAAACCUGGACAAACGGGGUAAAUAUUUUAUAAUAAUUAAGCCUGUGUCUUUCUGCGCUAACGGCAAUGGGGAACGGAUUCGGCACUCGUCCCUUCAGGAACGCUGCACUUUGGCUCUUGGUUCUGAUCUUUGCUUCUGCCCUUCUCGGUGCAAACGCGGGGAUAACGUGCAGAUCGUGCCAGCCCGCGGUGGCUAAACCGCUUCCUCGGGAAUUAGUAGGGGCUUAUAAAAUGGAUACGGGAGAAUCUGCAACAGGAUCCGAAGAGGAACUUGGUAUGAGACAUGGAAACGGGGCAGCUGCAAAUUAUCCUAAAACUGACGGGACUCACCAUCUAGACUGUGCAUCACAGUCCCUCGAUUGUGUUUCAGACCAAAACCAAGGGGAUACAAGUCAUCAUUUAUCUCGGAAACUGAAACCUGGUCAUUUGAGUCAGACCUUCAGCCGAGGGCAGUCUGGCGCGAUAGAAGUGCAGCUACGCGACUGGGAACUUUCAAAAAUCUCAAAUCUCAAAAAGAAACAAGGUGGCUUAACCGCAAAGACAGUUAUCAGUCCAGUCAUUCGUGAUAAAACGAUUCGCGAUAACAGCUCCAGUAGUCUAAGAAGCAGUCGGAAACUUAGAAAAGAAACUAAGCCCACUUCCAAGCAAAUCGGGGGUUCGCGGACUUGGGGCAGCCGGCGAGAGCGCAGCACCUCGUUGGCUGGGCGCAGAUUCACUCGGUCUGCUUUCCGGGCCAGCAGUGAGGAGAGUCGGACAACCCAUUCCCGACCGGACGAGCUGACACUGACCAGCUCCACAUUCGCUUUGACAGGGGAUUCUGCGCACAACCAAGCCAUGGUGCACUGGUCUGGACAAAAUAGCAGCGUGAUACUCAUGCUGACGAAGCAUUUUGACUUCAACCUUGGCAGUGUCACGGAAAGCUCCCUGUGGAGGUCAACGGACUAUGGAACCACUUACGAGAAACUUAAUGAGAAAGUGGGAGCGAAAACCAUUCUGAGCUACUUGUACGUCAGUCCGAAUAACAAAAGAAAGAUCAUGCUGCUCACCGACCCAGAGGUGGAGAACAGCCUGCUGAUCAGCUUGGACGAGGGAGCCACCUAUCAGAAGUACCGCCUGAGCUUCUACAUCCUCAGCCUGCUGUUUCACCCACAGCAGGAGGACUGGAUUCUGGCCUACAGCCACGACCAGAAGCUCUACAGCUCGGUGGAGUUUGGAAGAAAAUGGCAGCUUGUACACGAAAAGGUGGCGCCGAAUCGAUUUUACUGGUCUAAAAUGGGAUUGGACAGCGAGCCUGGCUUAAUUCACCUGGAAACCAGGAUUUCUGAAGGACAAUCCCAAUACGUUACCUGCAAGGUUCAGAACUGCACAGAAGCUAACAAAGGGAAGCCAUUUCCCGGGUACAUCGACCCCAAUUCCCUGGUGGUGCAGGAUGAGUACGCAUUUGUACAGGUGUCAGCCAGGGGGCAGCCGGUGUACUACGUGUCGUACAAAAGGAACGCUUUCACGCCCAUCAAGCUCCCGAAGUACACAUUCCCCAAGGACUUGCACGUGAUCGGCACGGACGAGAGCCGCGUGGUGGCGGCGGUGCAGGAGUGGAACCAGAACGACACCUACAACCUGUACGUGUCAGACAGCGGAGGGGUGCUCUUCACGCUGGCUCUGGAGAACGUGAUGAGCAGCAUGGGGCCCGAAGGCAACGUGAUGAUAGAUCUGUAUGAGGUAGCAGGGGUAAAAGGAAUGUUCUUAGCAAACAAAAAGCUUGAUAACCAAGUGAAGACCUUUAUCACCUACAACAAGGGGCGAGACUGGAAUUUGCUGCAAGCUCCUGCGACAGACCUGCGAGGAAACAGCAUCAACUGUGUGCUGCCGUACUGCUCUCUGCACUUGCACCUGCAUGUGUCUGACUACCCGUACUCCUCCGGAAACAUCGCCAGCAAAGACUCCGCUCCAGGAAUCAUUGUGGCUUCGGGCUCCAUAGGGGCUGAGUUGACCAUGACUAAUGUUACUAUGUUCAUCACCUCUGAUGCCGGGAACACCUGGAGUCAGAUAUUUGAGGAGGAGUACAGCGUGCUGUAUCUAGACCAGGGCGGCGCGCUCGUAGCCAUUCGACACACUCCAUUACCCAUCAGGCAUCUCUGGCUCAGUUUUGAUGAAGGAAGGUUCUGGAACAAAUACAGCUUCACUUCCACUCCGCUGUUCGUGGAUGGCGUCUUGGGAGAGCCAGGAGAAGAGACUCUCAUAAUGAUAAUCUUUGGCCACGUCAGCCAUCGGUCAGAGUGGCAGCUGGUCAAGAUUGAUUUCAGGUCCAUCUUCAACCGGAGAUGCACUGAGGAAGACUACCAGACCUGGCACCUGCACAACCAGGGGGAGCCUUGUCUCAUGGGAGUGAAGAGAAUUUACCGGAAGCUCAAGCCCACUGCGAGAUGCGUGAUGGGGAAGGACUACUCCGUCACCAUGACAUCAGAGCCCUGUGACUGCACCGAGGCGGACUUUGAAUGCGACUACGGGUACGAGCGGAACAGCGGGGGGAGGUGCAGCCCCGCCUUCUGGUUCAGUCCGUCCUCCAUGUCCAGAGUCUGCACCACCGGGAAGAGUUUCCUAAACAGCACCGGAUAUCGGAAGCUUGUGUCUGAUAACUGCACUAGCGGUGUGCUGGAGCGCUACACUGCCCGAGCGCAGAAGUGCCCGGCCCAGGCUCCCCGGGGCCUCCGCCUGGUCACCCGCCAGGGCAGCCUGACCGCCGCGCGGGGCGCUAACGUCACCUUCCUGGUGUUCCUGCUGGAGGGUGAUGGGUCGAAGACGAGCGUGCGGGUGGAUUUUGGAGACGGCAACGGCGUGUCCUAUUCGAACGUCAGCUCCAUAGAGGACGGGGUCCGGCACGUCUACAGGAGCGUGGGGAUCUACAGAGUGACCGCCACCGCGGAGAACGCCCUGGGGUCCGACCGCGUCUUGCUCUACCUGCACGUCACCUGCCCUUUGGAACGCAUCCACCUCUCCGCUCCUCUUGUGGUCGCGAAGGGGAGAGAGGUCAACCUGACGACCGUCCUGUCGCCCAGUCACGUGGGAGCGGCCGCCUUCAUCUGGUGGUUCGCCAAUCACUCCGAGCCGCUAAUCACUCUAGAGAGCAGUGUUGCCUUUACCUUUCCGAAGGGAGGAUCCAGCACAGUCACUGUUCAGGUCGUGGCUGGGAGUGUCAUUCUGCAAGAUAGGAAAGCCAUUGCUGUUCAUGAGUAUUUCAGGUCGCAUCUCUUAGCGUUUUCCUCAAACUUGGAUGAGCACAACCCCGAUGUGUCCGAAUGGAGGCUGGACAUCAGCAGAGUCGUCAAAAGCUCUAUGGUCCAAGCCACAGGUAUUAGUGAGGAGCAGCUUCUGGUCACAGUCCUACCUGGCUUACCUACAACAGCGGAGGUGUUCCUUCUUCCUGAUAAAGAGCUAACGGAGGGGGAAGAGGACAGAACCGCAGAACCUCUAGAUCAGCUGUCUGAGGUCUUGCUUGGAGCCCUCAAUCAAAACCGCAUAGAGUUCACGCUGCGGCCAGGGGUUCAGAUCACAGUGUAUGCUACACACUUAUCAGUGGCACCACUUGUGGACUCCAGUGAAAGCCAGAAGGGCUCAGCGGUUCUUCUGCUUCUCUCAGUAGUGUUUGUGGGCUUAAUCAUGUUCAUCAUCUAUAAAUUCAGAAGGAAGAUCCCAGGCCUCAGCUUCUACGCACAAAUGCAGAACGAGAAAGAGCGGGAAAUGAUACGUCCAGUCAGCGCCGUGGAAAAAAGCCCCGGCGCUCCCAGGGAGCUGGUGGCUUCCCUGGAACUCCUGGACACCGAGCUGGACGCACAGGCCAUAGGAUACCUUCCAUCUCACCUUAACACGAAGUUCUCAAAGGAACCUCUGUCAUGUGUCACUGUUUGAGUUCUGGACCCCGAGCAGUAUCCCCAGUGUUGUUGUGGACAUGGACUCUUCCGAAACGAAGGUUUUGAGCUUUAUCCCUGUCAACAUCUGGAUAUGACUGGUGACAAUUGUGCUCUGCGGAAGCCAGAAGACACUGCAUAAGUGCUUUGCUUUUUUAUAACAUGUCUAUUAAAAUAUACACAUUUUGAUUACAUGUAUUCAUACAAGAAUCGUGUGUGGUUCUCAGUCCAGGGACUAUACUUAGUUUGCUGCCUUGGCUUUUACGUCAGCUUUUUUCAUCUUUAUGCCAACAAUAUUGAUUCACUAUUUAUUCAUGUUUAUACUGUAUAUUUAAAUAAAAAGAGGUCCUAAAGUCACUUUUUUGGUAAAUCAUAAAUAUGUGAAUAUGUGUUGAAUAACAAAUUUAUUCUGAAAAAAAAUGAGAUGCUUACUUCAUAUCUAGAUUGCACCUGAGACAGAGCUGCAGUUUUAAUCCGUUGCGCUUGGUUGUAAUUUUAUUCCUAAUAAGUUAGUGUUUUCUAUUAUUAGAGUUUAUUAUGUUGCAGCUUGUGUUCAGAUCAUCAGAAUUUCCAGUGCAACAUGCUGUGCUGUGUGUGAACUUGAGUUGUGUUUAGUAACUGAAAGUGUGGUGGAAAAACUACAGAUCCCACAGAGAGCAGUGCUCAGAUUUGCAGUCCACGGUCUGUUAGAGAAGGCAAUGCCACCUCCGCUUGUAAAAAGAGCGGGUGCGACUGCUCUUUCUGAAGGACUCAGCUCAGCCCAUCAGCUCUAAAUCCUGACAGGAGCUGAUCCAUGUGGAACAGAGGACCGUGUCUGUGCUUGUAGAGCAAAUGCUUGCUAUACACCGCACAUCUCACAUACCCUGUUAAAGAAAAGAGAUCCUAACGGCUGUGAAUUAAAUAAGCCCAUUUGACCCACGCAAAGCUGAGAAAACACACUCUUUGAGUUUAACGCAUAAAUACAUAGCAUAUAAAUGCAUUUGCUAUAGAAAUGACAUAUUCCUUUUGAGAACUUAGCAAGGCUUCUACUGGUGGUCACUUUUUUUUUUAUUCUGCGGAUUCAGUUGAUUCCAGUCAAAAACUUCCUUAACAUUGCCAUUCAAUAUAUAUAUAUAUAUAUAUUUUUUUUCAUUGCAAAUACAGCUUUUAAUUAAAAAAAAAACAACAUUAUUUGUAAUAAAUUUGCCCACGAAACAAUGUUUGUGAAUUACACCCAAAGUUGUUAAAUACCAACAGUCAGUGUUAAUGACAAAUGUUGAUUGAAUAAAGCAAUUUAAUCCCCCAUGGUAAAAUUUCAGCAAUUGAAAUGAAUAAAUCUCUUUAGGUUAAGCAGUAAAGACCAGGCCAGUACCGAGAAAGACCUAUUGCUGAGAGUAGAGAGCAUUAUGGUCCAUUGAAACAAACAGUUCCUGUGCUUAUUUUACUGUCCAUUUCUUAAGAUUUCCCUAGCAACUAUUUCAGUGGAUCCAGAUUGAUUCAUUGGGUCAGGUCUGUGACAGAAUCCUAGACGUAUUCAUGACCCUCAGGAGCAUUCGUGACUGACAGGUUCUGAGUUCUACAUCUCAGCAUGGACCAAGUUCACACUUAUCCUAAAUUUAUAUGUGUGGCUGGUUUACACUUUCAGAAAAUAUAUAUUUUAGUUAUACAAAGAGAAAAUAAACUGUUGUAUGCAUAUAUACUGGUAUUUCUUCAAAUAAAAUGCAACAGCAUUUACUUUAGACAGUUAGAGAACCUUUUUUAUUUUAUUUUUUUUAGAUUGCAAACCGAACGUGGGUAUUGCAUAUGAUUCCAUAUGCCAAUGAAUACCACUUAAAAUAUUGUACACACAUAAUAAUGGAUUUUAUCCAGUUUAGCAGUUACAGCGAUACAUUCAGAGUCAUGCUAAUGUGUAAAUAAUCCCAGAUCUUUUGCUGGACUCUCACAGUUGUGAUUUAUCUCCAACCAUGUAUUUAAUUUAGCACACUUUUUUGUAAAUAAUGGGUAUGUGUUACUUUGCAUUUUUAUAGAUGUACAGUGUUUUGUUUGAUUAAAACAUGUUUGUUUGAUUAAAACAAGUUCCAUGCAUAAUUGUUUCUGUUAAUUGCAUUUGCAAUCGUAUUUAUUAAACAGACCAAUUAUGUUGUUGUGUUGUAUUUUUUCACGAAAUAAUCUUUAUUUGUAAU